AUGGACGAAUUGUAUUAUGCAGAAGAAUUUUUUCGAAUAUUUUAUGAAGAAAAUUCACGUGAUUAUAAUAUUCAUGAUCUUAAUAAGAUGUAUAAUUUUUUCUCAUACAUUUAUACAAAGCAAGGUAAUUACGAGAAAGCAAUGGAAUAUUGUCAGAAAGUUAUUGACAGUGAGAAAUAUAUUGAACAUGAUCGAGACACACUUGCAGCAACAUACAACAAUAUGGGUGAACUUUAUAAUAUUAAACAAGAUUUUGUUUCGGCAAUAGCAAACUUUACGAAAGCUAUUAGUAUUGACAGUGAUAACCCUGAUCUCCUUGACGUAUGUUACAACAAUAUAGGAUUAGUUGCUGCAAUGCAACAGGAUUAUUCGACCGCUUUGAAAAUGUUUGAAAAAGCAGUCAAAAUAGUUCAACUCAAUUUUCCUUCCAAUCAUCCAUCACUUGGAAGGUUAUAUAUUAAUAUUGCUACUGUUUAUCAAGCACAGGGCAAUAUGACAAUGGGAAUAGAAAUGCUUAAAAAGUCCCUAGAAAUUCAUAAUGGUUCACGUCCACCAACUCAUCACGAUAUCGGAAUAGCUAACAAAAUUUUAGGCGACGCUCUUCAUCGGAAUAACCAAGUUUUUCAAUCAUUAAAAUACAAAAGAAGAGCAGAAGAAAUUCAUUUAAAAUCUUUCCUUAAACCAGACAAUCAUCAUAGACCAGCAGUUCGAAUCAGUAACUAUGGCGCCAUUCUACAUGCUGAAGGUAAACAUAAAGAAGCCUUAGAAGAAUAUGAGAAAGCAUUGGCUAUGGAAUUGGUGGACCAUGCACCAAAUGAUCCAUCGCUUGAACCUCUCUAUUAUACAAUGGGAAUGAUUCAUUUCAAAGAAAAGAAUUUUUUACGAGCAUUGCAAAUGCUAGAAAAAGCGAUUGAAAUUGAAACAACUACUGAUACAAACACAAACAAUCAUUCACUUGCCAAUACAUACACUUUAAUGGGUAUGAUAUAUGAAUGUCAAAAAAAGCACAAGGAAGCAUUUCAAUUUUUGACAAAAGCAUUAGAAAUAAAAGCGCAAUAUCUACCACCCGAUCAUCAUGACAUACAACUAUACUAUGAAAUGAUUGAAGUUAUUUGUCAAAAAUUAUAA